GGAGGGGGUGUGGGCUCAAGGGCCGUGGAGCUUCGGUGGGCCAGUGUCAGGCUGUCAGAGGGGUCGCUGCCGGAGUGGUCCCAGGCUGCGUAGCUGGGGCUUGGCCACCCGGGGCUCUCAUUGAGGAUGAGGACGCCGAGCCAUUGGAGUCACAGAAGCUGCUAGCUCCUGUCCGCGCCCGCCUGCGGCGCUCCGGGCCCCCGAGGCCAUGAGGUUCCGCAUCUACAAACGGAAGGUGCUGAUCCUGACGCUCGUGGUGGCUGCCUGCGGCUUCGUCCUUUGGAACAGCAAUGGGCGACAAAGGAAGAACGAGGUCCUCGCCCCGCCGCUGCCGGACUCCGACCCAGUGCGCGGUGCGGUUGGCCGGGGCGGGGACCACCCCGCGGUGUCGGUGGACCUCCGCCGAGUGUCCAACGAGUCGGCGGUUCCGCUAGUCCCGGCGGCCCCUCAGCCUGAGGCGGACAACCUGACGCUGCGGUACCGCUCCCUGGUGUACCAGCUGAACUUUGACCAGACGCUGAGGAAUGUAGAAAAGGCCGGCUCCUGGUCGCCCCGAGAGCUGGUGCUAGUGGUCCAGGUGCAUAACCGACCCGAAUACCUCCGACUGCUGCUGGAUUCACUGCGAAAAGUGCAGGGCAUUGACGACGUCCUGGUCAUUUUUAGCCUCGACUACUGGUCGACGGAGAUCAAUCAGCUGGUCGCUGGCGUUGAUUUCUGUCCAGUUCUGCAGGUGUUCUUCCCUUUCAGCAUUCAGUUGUACCCGAACGAGUUUCCGGGCAGUGACCCCAGAGAUUGCCCCAGAGACUUAGAGAAGAAAGCAGCAUUGAAGAUGGGAUGCAUCAAUGCUGAGUAUCCAGACUCCUUCGGCCAUUAUAGAGAGGCCAAGUUCUCCCAAACCAAGCACCAUUGGUGGUGGAAGCUGCAUUUUGUAUGGGAGAGAGUCAAAGUUCUUCGAGACUAUGCUGGCCUCAUACUUUUCAUAGAGGAAGAUCACUACUUAGCCCCAGAUUUUUACCAGGUCUUUAAGAAGAUGUGGAAAUUAAGGCAGCAGGAGUGUCCAGAAUGUGAUGUACUCUCCCUGGGGACCUAUACCGCUAGUGGCAGUUUCUAUGGCAUUGCUGACAAGGUAGAUGUAAAAACUUGGAAAUCCACAGAGCACAAUAUGGGUCUUGCCUUGACCCGAGAAGCUUAUCAGAAGCUGAUCGAUUGCACAGACACUUUCUGUACUUAUGAUGAUUAUAACUGGGACUGGACUCUUCAAUAUUUGACUGUAUCUUGUCUUCCACGAUUCUGGAAAGUGCUGGUUCCUCAAGUUCCUAGGAUUUUUCAUGCUGGAGACUGUGGUAUGCACCAUAAGAAAACCUGUAGACCAUCCACCCAGAGUGCCCAAAUUGAGUCACUCUUAAGUAGUAACAAACAAUACUUGUUUCCAGAAACUCUAAUCAUCAAUCAGAAGUUUGCAACUGGAGCCCUUUCAGCACCUAAGAAAAAUGGAGGAUGGGGUGAUAUUAGGGACCAUGAACUCUGUAAAAGUUAUAGAAGACUGCAGUGAAAAAAUCACAGUUGAAAAAGCAAAUGUGACAGUCUUCUAUUUUUGAUAUUUGUCCAAAUAGGAUAUACAGUUGAGCAAAAGGGUUUAAGAACCGGCUUCUGCUUCAAUGCAAAAAAAAAAAAAAAGAAAGAAAGUUGUCCAAAUAUAGUAACUUCUUUUUCCAGUUAAGUCUGAAAAAGAUUUAAUACACAGAUCUUCAGUUUGGGAGUUGGGUUUUAAAGAUCAAUCUGUAUUAUUAUUAAUAAAAGAGAAAAUGGGAAACAUUAAAUUGUCACAACAGUAAAAUAAAAAGUAUUACAAUGAAGUUAAGAGUAUUAGUGAAAUAAGCCAAGUUUCACUCUUGACAGUUACUAGGAAGGAAUUGCUUCACUGGUUUUAUAAUUUAAAAGUUAUGUUUGUUAAACAUCCCAUCAAAACAUUUUCAGUAUUAAGGAUUCUUGUAUUAUUGUGUUAAGAUUUGCCUGUGCUCUGGAAGCUUCAUAGAACAUACUUUUUAUUGGAAUGUAUUUGAUGAGUGAGAAAGUUUAAGCAUUGUUUUCACCUCAGUGUAGAAAUACAGUGGCCCUGUUUUUUUUUCUUUUCUUUUAGUGCUGCCAAAAUAAAAUAAUCAUUUUUGCAUAAAAAUAUUUGUAGUCACUUUGCAGAAUAAAUUGUUUACUCUUUACACCAAAAUUCAGUGAAAGCAGUCUAGAAAAUUCAUAUUUAUUUUCUGUAUACUGUAACAGUUUAAAAUAAAGAAAAUAUAGUUCUUA